CUCUCGAAAGUUUCGCACAGGAAGCCAGAUUGUCGUCCAUGCCUCAUUCCGAAUCAGAGGAUUUGCGUGCAGAAUUCGACGCACGUAUUCUAUGACGUAUGUUGUUGCUCUAGGAAUUUCCUCAUCUUAUCAAGGAACAUGAAUUUGUUUUAGGGAGUUCUCCUUCUGGACCUGGGCGUGGUUUGAAUUUCUCGGUCAAGUUUGCGGUGCACGGAUUGCGAGGAGCAUCAGCAAUGGCGUCACAAUGUCACCGUCUCCUCCUGCAAUCUUCGUCGCUGAGAUUUUCUAGCCCCUUUUCUUGUUCGCCCUCGUCUUCUCAUUGUCGUCAACUUAAGGUUGAUCAGCUGUCUGUCUUCUCCCGGAAUCACAGGCUACAGUCGCAGCGGUUGCCUCAGACUUCAAUUUCAUCUUGCUCAAGAUUUCUUGUUCAAUGCGUGUCGUCUACCUUUGAUGGUUCGUCAAAAAAGGAGAACGACAGACAACCGAGUAAUGUGCUUUCCACUGUUAUUGACAAGGCUUCCGAACCGAUCAGAUCUUUCCCUUGGGCUAAAGCAAGUAAUCUGUUCUUCAAGAGGCUGUUGGAUCAGUUAUGGAUUGUUGGGAAAUGGUUGGCGAUUCCAUUGCUGGCAUUAUCGGUGGUUAAUGAGUUCACAUACACAUUGGUGCAAGAGAAAGUGCUCAUCAUUCCCGUUGCUAUGAUUUGCGGGAUUGUUUUCUCAGGGAUUACUAGGGAAGUUGUCCUCGAGCUGUCUCCGAGCAUUGAGGGAAGACAGUUGCCGUGGCACCUGAUAGCAUUAGGCAUACUUUUUGUAGUGCUCAAGUUAAUUGGCCCAGUACUUCCUAUUUGGGCCCAGGUCAGUGUUCCUCAUUUCGCUAAUGGUGGAUUGUGGCAAGUGGCCAAACUUGUCAACGACUGGAGGAAACAGCACGCUGAAAGUGACCAGUAGAACUAUUUCAGAUGUUGUACUACUUCAUGUGUACACCGGCUCUCUGUAUGAAAGAUCAGGUUUGAUUGCAGUCAUUUCUGAUUUUUUUCGUGGAAAUCAUUCGCUUUCGGGUUUGCUUUACGAAGUGCUGAUGUCAUAUUGCUACAUACGUAAUGAUGGUCAGUGCAUCCAGGCAUCUGUCUCUGUUACGUAAUCGAUCGAUUGCUACAGUUAGCUUCUGUGCACAAAGUGAUCAGGAUCGAGUGGAAACUUGUGCCCGCUUUAAGCUAUCUUUACUUUGGCAAUGUGCUGGUUAGGAUUACAACGAGUUUGUGUUCGCAGCUUUAGAUUUACGUUGCGUUAAGUGUUCGUUCGGGGCUUGGAGGUUAAUUAUACCGUUGGUGAGAUUGUAAGUUUCACCGGACGAGUCUCUCGAAGUCCAAGAUUUUGUGUCCAUUAGCUACCGACAUAAACUCCUGAACCCCCCACCCCUCUUGUCAACAACGUUUUACUUAAUACCCGCGGUUCUGUAAUUCGAUGCCGAAAGUUCUCAAGAGCUGAGAGUUAAUUUUGAUUGCCAACCACUAUUAUCCUAACAUUGUGAAAUCACAUCGAACUGAAGUCCCUGGUAUGUUGUGUGUACAAACAUCUACAAAACGUGGGCAGUGCGUUUGUAUCAGGGUUUGACAGCACACUCACCUGUGUGGUAGCAUGUCAAGAUCUGCUCAUACAAUAUCUGCGAAUUACAUGGGUUAUCAUACUAUGGAGGUUUACUAUGGUGAGAGAGUGGCGUCUGCUCUAUUAGUUCAUGAGGUUUAUCACUCUUUCAAUUCAUCCAAAUCUGGCACCAUGGAAGGAAUUGUGCUAUAAAAGGCACGUGGAAGGAUCUAGCUGGAAAAUGAGAGAGAGAGAGAGAGGUUGAGAGUUGACAGGUGGUUGUACAGAGAAUUUGACAACUUAAACGAAAUCAUUGCUUUGGAGGUUGGACUCCGAGUACUGUCAGGUAGAAGAAUUACCAUUGCAACCGCCCACAAAGACACCAGAGAUGAGGACUUGGGGACCUGUUUGCUGACCUGUUAUCCGUUAUGCCGAUGAAUGUACACUCUCCAUCACUUGAGCUUGGUGUUGUCAGGCGAAUGAAAGCCGACUGAACCCUCAUUGAAAUCAAAUUAUUUGUUACCAAACAAGGACUGGGACUGGAGGAUACUGAGAAACCACAGGUGCAGCUGAUUGCGGAACAGGAAUUCUCACACAGGUUAAUGCUCAUGUGUAGCAUGAGCCUCCCUACUACCUACGCUGGGCGAAUGAAGUGUAACUCGCAGUACUCGGACAGACGGCAUCUUGGAAAACCAAGCUCCAAAAGUUGAGAUCUUGCAGAUCCCCUUAGAGAAAAAAGUAAUAGUUAAUAGAAUGCAAAAGCUUGUCUUGAUCUCUCUCCAAUAACUCCAUCACACCUGCAGUUGUGAUGCAAGACCACCAAUGCUGUUUUGUUAGGGCUCAGAAGAAGAUUGAUAACCCACCUUGUAAUGGUCGAAUCUUCCGAGUUUGGUGCACGUGGGGCUACUAUGACCCGGCGGAGAAUACCGCAAAUGUAUGUCGCUUGAUGAUGGUUCGGACUUUGAAAAUGGUGCAAGCUUUGUAGCUGUGAUUGAGCCCAACGACCAGCAUGGUUUUAGGAAUCAUGCAACCUUGUCGAGGUGGCCGGACAAGGCUGGAGACAGAGAUAUUUUUGCUGAAAGCCUGUCAUCAACUUGAAAGUUGCUUAGGAGACAAACUACGGGAGAAAGUUCAAAUACAGAAAGCCUGACUGAAAAUGUAACUUAGAGUUGUACCUAAUUCAAUUUUAAGUUUUUAUUC